AUGGAGACCAAUCAGUCUGUACAGCUGUCGGGGGAGCCACAGUCAACACCUGUGGGGGACAGUUCAGUACUGCCCAGUCAAAAUGGCCUGGAGAAGCAAGAUGAUCAGGACUCCUCAACCCCACUCCCAGCACCUGAGGAGGAGGCAGGUGUGCAGCCUGAACGGGGAGCCCAUGAUAUCUCUGAAGAAUUGAACCGACAACUGGAAGACAUCAUUAACACGUACGGGUCUGCUGCCGACACGGCAGGGAAGGAGGGUCCCACCACGGCCAAGGAGCAGCCUGAGAACACAGAACCACCCGACAAUGAGGACAGGGGCUGCGAGGAGACCACUGAAGAGACGGAGAGAGACCCUCCGGCCUCUGGAGAGCCACCCACAGCCAAAGAGCCUGUCAGCAAUAAAGAGCAAAAAUUGGAGAAGAAAAUCCUAAAAGGAUUAGGCAAAGAAGCCAAUCUGCUAAUGCAAAAUCUGAACAAGUUGCAAACUGCUGAGGAAAAGCUUGAUUUUUUAUUCAAGAAGUAUGCUGAAUUGCUGGAUGAGCAUCGCACUGAGCAAAGGAAGUUAAAACUCCUCCAGAAGAAACAGGCACAGAUCCAAAAAGAAAAGGACCAGUUACAAGGUGAACACAGCAAAGCUAUCCUUGCACGAAGCAAACUGGAGGGUCUGUGCCGGGAGCUGCAGAGACACAACAAGACACUGAAGGAGGAAACCCUUCAGAGAGCACGUGAGGAAGAAGAGAAAAGGAAGGAGAUCACAAGUCAUUUCCAGAGCACCCUCGCAGAUAUCCAGGCCCAGAUCGAGCAGCAGAGUGAGCGAAAUAUGAAGCUCUGUCAGGAGAACACUGAGCUCGCAGAGAAACUGAAAAGCAUCCUUGAUCAGUAUGAGCUCAGGGAGGAGCACCUGGACAAAAUAUUUAAACACAGAGAACUGCAGCAGAAGCUGGUGGAUGCAAAACUCGAGCAGGCGCAAGAAAUGAUGAAGGAAGCAGAGGAGCGACACAAACGUGAAAAGGAAUAUUUGCUGAACCAGGCAGCAGAGUGGAAACUUCAGGCCAAAGUGCUGAAGGAACAAGAGACAGUCCUGCAGGCUCAGCUUACUGUCUACUCUGGAAGGUUUGAAGAGUUUCAGAGCACGCUGACAAAAAGCAAUGAGGUGUUUGCCACCUUCAAACAGGAAAUGGAGAAAACCACUAAGAAAAUGAAGAAGCUGGAAAAGGACACAGCCACGUGGAAAGCUCGGUUUGAGAACUGUAACAAAGCUCUGUUGGACAUGAUUGAAGAGAAAGCAUUGAGAGCUAAAGAAUAUGAGUGCUUCGUGAUGAAAAUUGGAAGGCUAGAGAACCUCUGUCGAGCUUUACAAGAGGAGAGAAACGAACUCUAUAAAAAAAUUAGAGAAACAAAAAUGCCUGAAAAGGAUGACCAAGGUCAGCUCACCUCUGACGACGACGAGCCAGAGUCAAAUACCUCUGUGGGUGAAGAGGCAGAGGCGGAGGAAGCCAACGGUGUUCACAAUGCUGUGCAAAAUCUGGCCGCCGCCUUCAUGGUCAUCCAUCGUCCAGAGUCAACCCUCGAUGCGUCCAAAGAAAUCCAGACAGAAGUCAGCAGUCCUCAAGGGGGUGGCGGCACGGCCCUCAAGGGGCUGGAACAAGCCCCUCUGAGCUCAGCAUGCCAUUCAGGGAGUCCCCUGCAUCCCCCAAGUCCUCAGGCUGAGGCGGAGGGAGGCAACGAGGCAGAACCUCCCCUCAGAUCAGGGUCAGGAGCACAGGCCCAAGGCAAUGGUCCCCCUGCUGGACCACAGGCUGAUCCGCAGCCACGGAAGCCAGAGACAGCAUUUUCCAGCCGGGCCCCGGAGCCUCCGGCAGAGGCGUUUCUACGGGUGAUGGAGGCCAACGGGCAGCCCCGGAAGCCAGAGGCAGCAGCUUCCGGCCGGGCCCCGGAGCCUCCGGCAGAGGCAUUUCUAUGGGUGAUGGAGGCUGACGCGCAGCCCCGGAAGCCAGAGGCAGCAGCUUCCGGCCGGGCCCCGGAGCCUCCGGCAGAGGCCUUUCUACGGGUGAUGGAGGCCGACGGGCAGCCCCGGAAGCCAGAGGCAGCAGCUUCCGGCCGGGCCCCGGAGCCUCCGGCAGAGGCCUUUCUAUGGGUGAUGGAGGCCGACGGUCGUGCCCCGCCGCCGGCAGCGGGAGAGCACGUGCCAGCUGGGGGGUCUAGAUGUGAGCCCAGGAGGCAGCCCCCAGCAGCAGCAGCAGCAGCAGCAGCAGCAGAGGGGCUGCCAGGAGGGGCCUCAGCUGGGCCCCCACUGCCCGAAGUGGCCGACACCAAUCUGGAAGGAGCCGACUAA